UGCUGAGUCGAUUUCUCCGCCACACACCGGACACCGAGUUGCGCAACGCACUUUGGCACUCCUCCGCCGCUUGCACGCGCGCACGCGGAGAUUUCUCGAUACCCAAACACGCUGGUUCUCGAGGUGGGUUCUCUUGUUUUGCCUCCGUCAGGCGGGUGGUGCCCAGUCUCUCUCUCUCUGUCUCUCUGUCUCUCUCUCUGACACGACACGCGCGGAUCCGUAUAGAGAGAUUAGAGAUCAGCAGCAGAUUAGACCACAGACGUGAGAUUGAGCGGAAGCGGAACGAAGCGGAGCGGAGCGCGAGCGCGGCGAGAGGCGUGGAUGUUGGAGCGCGUGCAGCCGAGCAGCGGCUCGCGCUCUGAUGGUGCUGAGGAGAGGAGACGGAGCGCAGCUUCACUUUCUCUGCUCAUAUGAACAGUGUGUAUAGCGAUGCUGUGGGUGGACUGUAAAGUGCUGGAGGCUGUGAGAGGGAGGCGUGGGUCACGUCGGGGGUCUCGGCCAAAGCUUUCCUGCUCUUUCUGGUUUGUUCUGCUGUUUGGCGCAGGAGGUUUGGUGCUCUUCAUCCACCUGCAGGAUCUAUCAGACAUGGUGCAACAACAGGGACCAGGGGUUGAGUUCAGUGGCAUGACGCGGCAGACAAGGGAGGAACUGUGUGCCCAGCAGGACAGUGACAUUAAAGGCGGUGCUACAGCAAUUCAGUCGAGCAGACAGCACAGACCAGAUGAACCGAGUGCUGAUAACUCCAUCUCGCCCAUGCAGUUUCCCGCCUUUGAGUGGACCAAACCAAAUCAAGCUUCUCAGAGGAUCACCAAACGCCACCGGAAACUCCUGAAGACCAGCGCCGUGAUCCGGCCUCUCUCUAAUUCUUCUUCCUUCUUCUCCUCUUCAUCGUCAUCAGCAUCAUUGUCACACUCUACAUCCGAGAGCUGGAGCCGACUCUCCCGUAUCCAAGAGGCUCGCCGUCGCCUAAUCAAGGAAGUGUGCGCCAAAUACCGGAGCAACAUCUCACGAACGAUAACGCCACACCAUGUGUCUCGCAUCUAUGUAGAGGACAGGCACAAACUACUCUACUGCGAGGUACCCAAAGCAGGCUGCUCCAACUGGAAGCGAGUGUUGAUGGUGCUUGCUGGUGUUGCGUCCUCAACACGAGAGAUAAACCACGAUGCCGUCCACUACAGCAACCAUUUAAAGAGGUUGGACAGCUUCGAUCGGCGCGCCAUGGCCGAGCGCCUCCGCUCCUACACCAAGGUGCUGUUUGUCCGAGAGCCGAUGGAGCGUCUCGUCUCAGCCUUCAGGGACAAGUUUGAAAGCCCCAACUCGUACUACCACCCCGUGUUUGGAAAGCCCAUCAUCUCCAAAUACAGGGUGAACGCAUCCAAAUCGGCACUAAGGACAGGAAGUGGCGUCACCUUCCAGGAGUUCAUCCGCUACCUGCUGGAUGUCCACCGUCCCGUAGGCAUGGACAUACACUGGGAGCCUGUGAGCCAGCUCUGCAGCCCAUGCUUGCUUGACUACGAUUUUAUCGGCAAGUUUGAGACUUUGGAGGAGGAAGCGAACUUCCUGUUGCGCAGGACGGGAGCACCGAAAAACCUCACGUUCCCCACGUUCAAGGACAGGAACCCUGAAGCUGCCAGGACUUCCACACACAUCACGCGGCACUACUUCACACAGCUCAGUGCGUCAGACAGGCAGAGGGCCUAUGACUUCUACUACAUGGACUAUCUGAUGUUCAACUACUCCAAACCCUUUGAAGACCUGUAUUGACAAAUCGGCGAUACGUUUGGUUUUCGUUGUCUUGGCUAUAGCUGUAAAACUGUCACAAACCCGAGGGUGUAUAAAAGCUACGCACAUUUAUAUAUGAUUAACUCAUGCUAACUGUUAAAACUGCUGCUUCAUAGCAUUAACUCUUCGAAUAACACCGACGGGACUGAAACAGAUCGGUCCGAUCACAUAUUAGACAUGAACUUCUAUCUUCACUUCAAAUCCAAAACAUUAAGGAGGUCCAGAAACAGACUGCUUCUCACUUUAUAGAUUGAUUCGCCGUCAUCCCAUUUCAUUCGCUAAACGUAACAUCCCUCUCUUUGGAGUGCACACUUUCACAGCUUAAUAUUUUAAAGUAUAAAAGUAUCUCUAAUAUUCAGUUUUGUAAAAAGGGCAUUCAGAGGAUGAUAUAUUUUUCUAUGUAUUUGUAUAAGUAUGGCUUUAUGUUUAGCGCUGUGUGUGUGUGUGUGUGUGUGUGAGAGAGAGAUAAUUGGCCACGCUAAGUAAUAAGAAUUGUAACGUUGUACCGUUGGAUCAUGUAACACAGGGGUGUCAAACUCACGAACCCAUUUUAGGCAACAGGUCACACUACACUGCAGUCCAGUGUCAAGUGGGUCGGACCGAACGACUCUUCAGUGACCAACAUCAACAACGCCGCCGAAACGU